AUGCGUCACUAUGGCAUUGCAACAGCAGUCGCAUUGCUGGGUUGGUCCGGUCUCUCAAGUGCUGCAAAUCCUCAACCAGUCCAGGUACCUGUGAGUACGGAAUGGUUCGGAUAUGAUGGAACUUGGAGUCCAGUGAACAUCCGAGUGGGCUCUCCACAGCAAUGGGUAUCAUCAUUCCCCAGCACCCUAAGUCAUGACAUCUGGGUGAUAGGAGCAUCUGGCUGUGAUGAGACUACCGCUUGCGUAUCCAAGAGAGGAGGAAUAUUCAAGGCAAAUGAGUCGUCGACAUGGACCUCGAUAGGACCGUAUGCGUUGAACUUCCAGCCUGCGCUCGGGGUCACAGGAUCGGCGGACUAUGGACUCGAUACUAUCGCGAUUGGAGAUGCUAUAUCCGUACCUGAUCAGAUUGUGGGCGUGAUGAAUAGCACAGAAUUCCUUCUUGGCUCUCUCGGUUUGGGGAUAAUACCUUCCAACUUCUCUUCCAACAAGAACCAGGCAACAUUUCUGACUAGCAUGGUGGAAAAUCAAAGCGCCAUUCCCAGCUACAGCUACGGAUAUACGGCUGGUGCUUAUUAUCGCUUGAAAGGGGUUCCAGCUUCUCUCACCCUCGGCGGCGUUGACCUUAACCGCUUUGUCCCUAACGACGUAUCCUUUAACAUGACGAGUGACUUUGAGCCAGUUGUCUCUAUCAACGCGAUAUCAGUUUCCUCUAACCCUCUCUCGACUUCGGCCACAACACCAAAUUGGACUCAAGAAACAUUCUCUCUUCUCCAAAGUUCACAAGCUGAGCUCUUCACCAUCGACUCCUCUACACCAUUUCUUUGGUUGCCAGGAAAAGUAUGCGAUGCUUUUGCCAUGGCUUUCAAUCUCACAUAUAAUGAAACCCUACAACUUUAUCUCUACGGCAAUGGAACCGAUCCGAGUGUUUUAUCAGAUUGGAACAUGACCUUCACCUUCACCCUUGCAGAUCUGCCCGAGUCACCUAAUACUGUCGAUAUAACCUUGCCUUACAAUGCUUUCAAUCAGCAAUUGUCCUUCCCAUUCCCUGCCUUGAAUACUACCUUUUCGUCUCCCGCAGUCAACUAUUUCCCACUCCGCAGAGCUUCCAACAAUACACAGUUCACCAUUGGACGUGUUUUCUUGCAAGAAUCGUACCUGGCUGUUGACUACGAGAGAAACAAUUUCUCCAUCUCACAGGCGAAAUUCGCCAAUGAUGCCGUGACUCGUGUCAACCUGGCCAGCAUCACCAGACCCCAAGACAGCAUAUUUGCAGGCCCACCAAGAGAUGCGGCUGGUGGGUUGUCAACCGGCGCCAAGGCUGGUAUAGGGAUUGGCAUUGGGCUUUCAGUUGUGGCCGCCAUUGGAUUGCUUCUAUUGCUCUACUUCCGAAGAAAGCGGAGUAAUGCUUCUGAAUCGCCCCCGGAGAAGAAGGGCUUGUUCAAGCGAAAGCGCAAGGACGGAAGUAAAGGUCCAGCAGCAACAGCCAGUGAGCUUCUUGCAGACAAACGCCAUCCGCUGGAGGUGCCUGCAGACAAAUCAGCUUGUCGUUUCGAGCUCCAAGGCAACACGCCAGUUGAAAUGCCGGCCGAGGUGCCUUCCUCCUACUUCGCUGCCGAUAAGGCCAGAAACGCAACCGCCCUGGCCGAGCUGGGAAAUCGAGAUUCGAUUUCGAGAAACUCCAUACCUCGACACCUAAACCGUUCCUCACAGUCUCCUUCAUUACCACCAUAUUGCCCCGCCCAGGUCGGCGGAAGGUCAGGCAGCAAUGUCAGCCCCAGCAGCACUCUUUUCAAUCCCACCGGUCUUGGUUCAGGCACACAGUCAUCAGGCAUCAGCGGCAUAAGUCCGCAUGAGCCGAGUCCAACAAAUCAUUCUCGAAAAAAUAGCUGCGCUCUGGAGACAGGCGCGUCGCGCUCUCAGCCACUCAGUCCUCAUGAGCCCAGCCCGCUUAUUCAGCCAACUCAAUUGAAUAAUUCUGCAAGUCAGUCACAUCUAGCUCUACCCCAACCACGCGGAGGAGAGCCCGCAGUGCCCAGGAGGAGCGUUAGCAGGGGUAGCAGGUUUAGAGAGGAGGGUAUCAGUGCUGAGCCGCAGCCACCACAGCAAGCCGCGCAAAGAUUCAGCUGGCAGGACGAUCGAUGA